AUGUCUUUUGCACUCUGCACAAUAGCGUUACAAUCGAUCGUAUAUUUGAACGCAUUGUCGUGCGAUUUCGGAGAUCCGCCAGGAUCACUCAGCAGUAACGCACUCGUCGCGUGCCACAUAGACCUCGAAACCGUCAACAGUGCAACUGUGAUAUGCCCCCGCCGAGUAAACGAUACGAAGUACGCCUGGCAUCCUCAGCCGUAUGUAGGUAAUCACUCUCAUCUUAAUGCAUACGUAAGUGAAAAUGGCAAUUUCCGUUCCGUUGGUAUUUCGGAUGCAGUGAUAACGGAUGCACCAGGUGAUUAUAUUUGGACGGAUUCAAAUGAGGCAAAUGCCACGCUUCAUUUAAACCUAGGAGAUUAUAGCGAUAUAUAUGUCAUCACAGAGCGCCGUUUGAUAUUCAUUUGUGGGCCGCGAGAUUUGGUUCUGACUAAUGAAUUGCAGCGUCACAUCGACAGCCUCAAUGAUUCUCGUCUCAUGGUAGAACUUCCUUGGACCUCUACUACGCCUUUGGCUCAUGAAAUCUCAAAGAUUGGAAAAGGUUUGGGAGUGUACUUCUUGUACAGAGACCGCGUUCAUCUACCUCUUCAAGGUUGCGGCAGCCGUCCUUCACCUCUGUUCGCCUCGGAUAAUGAAGUGACCGUGGAUCCCGUAACUGGUAUCCGCUCAUGUGUAGCGGAUCCCAUGUCAGAAACGUUCAUUGGGUUCCUCUACGAAGGCAGGAUUGAACCUGCGGAUUGUAUGAGAUCGUUCUUGAGCAAUGGUGGCAAGAUUGUUACUGCACACGAACCACAUUAUCAUUGGGAUUUACAGAACGGUAGGCAUUGGGUAGUAGCGAAAUACUUCUCUGGCUUAGCUUUAUCGCCGUUCAGUGGAGAAUGCGUAUGUAUAGAUUCCGAAACAGGUCAUGUGACGGCAAGCAUAGAAAUUCGUCCAAAAACCAACUAUGUUUGUGACAUUUCCAGCAUGCUCGAACGCCGCCGUGCGAAUCCUAUCAACGGCCCUUGGUGUUCGGUGGUUCUCCAUCCCGGCAGCACAUUGACCAUACGGUUCCCAAUAGCGGAUGGCGAUUCGGUGUCUAACGAUGCAACGCAACUGCUGCCUACUGAUAAAUUCGAAGUUGAAUUCCUGCCGAAAGACUUGACCACACUGCGGCAACUUAAAACGGCGUAUGACUUUGAUGUGUACGAAGAAAUCUCGUACAACGAAGCACUUGCAGGCGACGCCCUCGAGAUGAAUGUUUCCCAAAUGGCCCAGGGUGAGGUAAAACUGAAGUACCAUGCGGACAAACCUCUCGCGUUAAAGGGGGGUCACAAUUAUUUUAUGUAUCAGUGGAGACUGAAAUCCACUAAUGGGGAUGUUCCAGAUAAGCUACGCGCCAUCGUCAAACUGUCCCUUGCGUUGACGCACCCCUACCACAUCAUUGGUAGUGACCGAGGUCUACGGAGUGUGUUUGGAUCAUCAGUGAGCAAACAGUAUAAUCCAACCAAAACCAUGGAAAGUGGAAUGGGGAAUGUUUAUGGAGGCGGAUAUGAUCUGAUAGGGGACAAUCGGAAGGCCGGUAUAUACUGCAGGACUGAUGAGGAGCUGUUGCCAAACGACUGCGAAUCUACAGCAUACGAUCUCCACGCAAACCGUAUUGUGCCAUUUCCAGGAACGGUCUAUAAUGUGACUCCAUACCCCAUUCGAGGAUUUCAGAUUUAUGACAUGGGCAUACAAAAAAGUCCUAUCAGUUAUGCUUGUAUCUGUGUUGACCAACGUGGAAAAGAAACAUCGAGGCUUGUUUUGGAGGCCAAUAAUGAAGUACAACAGACGUACAAAGUAAGGCGUAAAGAGACGUCUCACGGAUUACUCCCAUACAUAUCGUUGCCUUGGCGUAAGGUCGCAUUGAUACUUGAAGGGCCCACAUCAACAAGAUUCAUUAUGCUGCAGCACACAUCAAAAAAAUCGUUAAGCUACAGGUUGGCACAACGUUGUCCAUGA